AUGAACCCCAACUGCGCCCGGUGCGGCAAGAUCGUGUACCCCACGGAGAAGGUGAACUGUCUGGAUAAGUUCUGGCAUAAAGCAUGCUUCCAUUGUGAGACCUGCAAGAUGACACUGAACAUGAAGAACUACAAGGGCUAUGAGAAGAAGCCCUAUUGCAACGCACACUACCCCAAGCAGUCCUUCACCAUGGUGGCCGACACCCCGGAAAACCUCCGCCUCAAGCAACAGAGUGAGCUCCAGAGUCAGGUGCGCUACAAGGAGGAGUUUGAGAAGAACAAGGGCAAAGGCUUCAGCGUGGUGGCGGACACACCGGAACUCCAGAGAAUCAAGAAGACCCAAGACCAGAUCAGUAAUAUAAAAUACCAUGAGGAGUUUGAGAAGAGCCGCAUGGGCCCGAGUGGGGGUGAAGGCAUGGAGCCGGAUCGCCGGGAUCCCCAAGACAGCAGCAGCUACCGGAGGCCCCCGGAGCAGCAGCAGCCGCCGCCGCCUCAUCACAUCCCGACCAGCGCGCCCGUUUACCAGCAGCCCCAGCAGCAGCAGGUGGCCCAAUCCUACGGUGGCUACAAGGAGCCCGCAGCCCCAGUGUCCAUACAGCGCAGCGCCCCAGGCGGGGGCGGGAAGCGGUACCGCGCCGUGUACGACUACAGCGCCGCCGACGAGGAUGAGGUCUCCUUCCAGGACGGGGACACCAUCGUCAACGUGCAGCAGAUCGAUGACGGCUGGAUGUACGGGACCGUGGAGCGCACCGGCGACACGGGGAUGCUGCCGGCCAACUACGUGGAGGCCAUCUGAGCCCCGCAGCGCCCCGCCCCACCUGUCUCCAGCGCAUUCCACAGCAUCCAUCCACCUGGGGCGUGACCUGUCACUCUUCAGUGUCUGUUUUUUUAAAAUCUGCGACAGCUUGUUGUUUCCCACCCCUCCUCCAGCUGCUUCUGCCAACCGAAGCCUUGUUCUGCCACUUGCGCGGGCUCCUUCCUCUGGCCUGGCUUCCCCUCCUCCAGCCUCUGGGUUGUCUCUGGAUGGGACCGGCGUGGCCUGGGGCUGUGCCGAAGCGGGAGACCUAUUGGCUUCGGCCUCUGUCUGCCUCUCUCCCACCCCCUCACACCCAGACGUUCUGAGACAUUCCAGGCCCCCGGAGGGGCUCCCUACAUUCAUACAUUCCCCAGAAUGGGAUCCCAGCCCCUUGUCCCUGGGGUGGGGACAGGGAUGGGGCUCCACUGUUGUGUAGGGACCAGGAGUUGGGCUUUACCUUUCUCCAGUAGGGAACCGCUGGCCACAGAGGGCCCCCCCUACAAGGGCAACCAAAGGAGCGCAGAGUCUCCCACGUGUGUUCCUCCUCACACUGUGAUUUUGCCCUCCGGCCCACGCAGCCCUGGGGUGGGUGAAGAGCUCCCCGGGAAGCAGGGCUUAGGCCAAGUUCUUGCCUUUCUAAAUUUUAGGGACAGCCACAGGAAGGAAGGGGACCGGCUGUUCUCUCCUGUCUCCCACGCUGAACCCCAGGGCCCCAUGCUCGCCUCCUUGGCUGGAAACCCUGGGGGCCCUGUUGGCCUGCACCAGUCCCCAGAUUGGGGCUCAGUGGACUUCUCAUUACUCCUCACAGGAAGAGGUCUCAGGGCCUUCCAGGCAUCCCCAGCCCACCCAAGGCCUAGUGGACACAGAGCCAGCAGGGACCUCUAUCUCCAAGACCCUGCAAAGGUGGGCAGGAGCGAGGGCGUCCGCAGGUGUCUGCGACAGGCAAGCGUGUGAGUGUGCGAGAAGGGCCAGGUGCACCAGGAGGGUUUGCAGGGCCAUCUGCCCUGAAGUUUUUCUCACAACCCACAGGAGAGAGGAGUGUCCCGGAGGAGAGAAGUUCCUUAGGUUUUCUUUGGAGUGAAAAUCCUUCUUUCCUCCUGUCUCUGAGUGGGGGAAGCCUACCCAUCCUCUGCAGUGUGCAAAAAGGGGGUGGUUAUGGGGUUGGUGGGUGCUGAGCUUGGGGUGGGGGUGGGGAGAGGCUUUGCAGCUCCAGGCUUAUUCUCUGCCCCAUCUCUGUGUCUGGGCUGCAGGCCAGGGGACUGUGUCCCCCACACUCUGGGAGCUCUUAACGCCCCCUUGAAGCAAGGGAGACGGUCCCAGGGCUACAAACUGGAAGCGCAGGCUCCAGGGCGGGAAGCGGAAGAUGGUGCUGUAUCCAAGAUCCUUCCCCGCCCGUGGGGGCUGUGACAACCCUUGCCCGACUUUAUUCAUCUCUGGGUCCCCCUCCAGUCUUUACCCUGUGUCCACCAGGGCCCACGGCUGACAUCCUGUCCCUCCGUGUAUCCUGUUUAGAAAUCAUGUCACCCUGGGGUGUCCUCGUCAACUACUCGUUAGUUCAUUUGGGAGUGUUUCCCCCAAUCAGGUGGAGGGAAUGUCUGGGUGAGGAGCCCCUGCCUGGCCAAUCCCUUUUCCUCUUGGGCCUCUGCGUGGGUGAGGGCAGGCGGGGUGUUGUAUAGGGGUGUUCAGGCCCAGAGGAGGCAGAGGGAACCUCUCUCGGGGAAGCAAUCUUAGCAGCCU